GAACGGAGCAUAAUGGACGGAGUGCUUACGUUUGAAGUUGGAUGAAAUGGCGUAAAAAUUACAGUAAUAAAUAAACCUUCGAUUGAUUUCAGAACCUCAAAACCCUAAAAUCAGGGGAUUUUCUUUCCAUUUUCAUUCAUGGGCUUUAUCAGAAGUUCAAAACCCUGAGCAAAACUCAACAAGAUGUCAAUGCAAUUCUCAUCUCUUUCACUACCCGUUUCGGAAACUUACGUCGUACGACCCAUCUCGUUCUGUCCAAGCGGCCGAAAAAUCAUCCUCUCGGCCACAGCAGUUCGCUGCUUCCCGGUUGCAUCAAGCCAUUUACCUUUGGCAAUAGAUGGCAGCCAUGAGCUCAGUGGAAGUGCCUCCCAGUUCUGUCGUAGAUUUCAUGGCUUGAAACUUCAGAUAUUUAAAAUUCUAAAUGUUAGGCAUCCCAAUAGAAAACGUGAACAGGGAAAUGAGUUUAAAAGUCUACAUAUUCAAGAUAAAGAUAAUUCGACAGAGCAUGUGGAAAAAUCUGAAGGUCAAGAUUCUGAAGGAGCACAAAUGUUCCAUUUGCCAAAUGAUACAGACUCCAAUGAAGGACCGAAGAAGACGGCUUUACAGCCUGGAGAAAGUUCUUUACUAAAUUUUCAACCUGAUGUUUCCACUGGCGUAGCCACAUCCAUAGAAUCUCCUUCAUCCUUCCCAAGAACUGAAGAGGUAAUGCAGACAAGUUCCCAGACUGAACUAAGUUCUGUACCUAAUUCUAAACCUGGUAUUUCCACGAGAGGAGUUACUGCCAUGGAAUUUCCACCUUCGCCUCAAACUCACUCCUUCAAUAAUGAUGACAAGGGUGGUCGACCACCCUCUCUUUGCAUAGCUGUCAUUGGAGCUACUGGUGAACUGGCGAGGAGUAAGAUUUUUCCUGCACUAUUUGCUCUGUAUUACAGUGGCUUUCUUCCUGAGAAUGUUGGUAUUUUUGGUUAUUCGAGAAAGAAUUUGAAGGAUGAAGAUCUCAGAUCCAUGAUAGCAUCAACUUUAACUUGCCGCAUUGAUCAUCAGCAAAAUUGUGAGGACAAACUGGAUGCUUUUCUUAGUAGAACAUACUAUCUGAACGGAGGUCAUGACAACAUGGAAGGGAUGUCAAAGCUCCAUACCCGGAUGGAGCAGAUUGAGGGGCAAUCUGAAGCAAACAGAAUAUUUUACCUUUCUGUGCCACAAGAAGCACUUCUAGAUGUUGCAUCCUCUCUUGCUGAUAAUGCUCAAACACAGAAGGGCUGGAAUCGUGUAAUAAUUGAGAAACCCUUUGGUUUUCAUUCACUGUCUUCUCACCAGUUGACUCAAUCUCUUCUUUCCAAGUUCCAGGAGAAACAAUUGUAUAGGAUAGAUCAUCUUUUGGGAAGGAACAUUAUUGAAAACCUCACUGUUCUAAGGUUCUCCAAUCUAGUUUUUCAGCCACUAUGGAAACGAACACACAUACGCAAUGUGCAGAUCAUCUUUUCAGAAGAGGGUAUGACACAUGGAAGGUAUUUUGAUGAUUAUGGAAUAAUCCGCGAUAUAGUACACAGUCAUAUACUCCAAACAGUCGCAUUACUUGCUAUGGAGCCACCUAUAAGUCUUGAUGGUGAAGAUAUUCGAAAUGAAAAGGUCAAGGUUUUGAGAUCAAUCAGGAAAUUGGAACUCAGUGAUGCCAUUAUUGGCCAGUAUAAAAGUAGCUCUGAAGAUAAGGUUGAUGCUUAUUCGAACGGUCUUAACCCCACAUUCUUUGCUGCUGUUUUGUUUAUUGACAAUGCACGCUGGGAUGGUGUGCCUUUUCUGAUCAAAACUGGCAUGGGACUCGUCAAAGACAGAGUGGAGAUACGUAUACAGUUUCAUCAUGUUCCUGGAAACAUAUAUCGUGAUCGCAUAGGGCACAACAUUGAUCUUGCCACUAAUGAGCUGAUUUUACGUGACGUUCCCAAUGAAGCAAUCCUACUCAAGGUUAACAAUAAAAUUCCAGGAUUAGGCUUGGUGUUGGAUGCUUCAGAACUGAAUUUGCUAUACAAGGAUAAGUAUAAUGUGGAAGUACCUGAUUCAUAUGAGCAGCUGCUUCUUGAUGUCAUUGACGGAGACAACCAUCUAUUUAUGAGAAGCGAUGAGGUUACUGCUGCAUGGAAUAUUUUGUCUCCGGUUUUGGAUGAGAUAGACAAGAACAAUAUAGCACCGGAACUGUACGAGCUGGGGGGUAGAGGUCCAGUUGAAGCCUUCUAUCUCUGGGCAAAACACGGGGUUCGAUGGGUAGAAGACUAGCAAAACUCACAGAUUUUUGUGUUCUAAUCUUCACCAUGGUGACGAAAAACAACUGGAACGGUCUUCCCAACAUCAUGCUAAAUAGAUGAGUGAGAAAGUGCCUUUCCUGGUAACGUUUGGUGGGGUUUAUUCUGAUGAUCUAUUGUGCUAAAUGUUCAUGUUCCACAUACACAGAUUUUCUAGGUGGUAGAAAGAUUACAUAAUCCCCACUUUAAUACGAAGAAUAUAUGUAUUGCGCCUGACAAAGGGAACUCUUGAGCUGAACUGAUCCUGAAAUCUGAACAGGUAUGUUAGGUACUUUAUUUUGAUA